GAUUCCGCUCAUUUCUCUUGUGAACCCAUCAACACUCCCCUCCUCUCUCUAUCUCUCCUCUUCACCUUCCGCAAUUGUCGCAGAGGAAAGAAAGUGACUGUAAUGCUCGAGUAUAUAACCCCAAAUUUUCAAUGAUAUUGAGAAUUUGUUCUGCACCCUCAAGAAAGAGAUUGACCCAGGUCAAGAUUUAGCGUAAUUGACCCAAAUCUUGAUGUUGGGUUGAUCUUGGUUUCCCUUGAGAACCACUUUUAUGGUGCUGGGUCGGUGACCUUUUCUUCCAUGGGUUGUGCGACCUCAAAGCAGGCGGUAUCCGUGACCCCCGCUGUCGAACAUUCCGGGGCGCUUCGGGACAAUGCGCUUGCAGGUUCAGGUAGGAGUCGGGUGGGUAGUAAUGGGUGGGUGGUGGAAUUGGAGAAGAAGAACAAGAAGAGGACUGACUCAGGGUUGAGUGGGAGCGAGUUGGGUGAGUCAGGGAGAGCGAGUUCUAAUGGUGGUGAGUCGUUGAGUUUUAGGUUGGGGAAUUUGCAAAAGUAUGUGGAGGGAGAACAGGUUGCUGCUGGUUGGCCUGCUUGGCUCAGUGCUGUUGCUGGUGAAGCCAUUCAUGGCUGGGUGCCACUUAGAGCAGAGUCUUUUGAAAAAUUGGAAAAGAUUGGUCAAGGCACGUAUAGUAGUGUAUUCCGAGCACGUGACCUGGACACUGGGAGGAUAGUUGCUUUAAAGAAGGUGCGGUUUGAUAAUUUUGAGCCUGAAAGUGUUCGGUUUAUGGCUCGAGAAAUAAUGAUUCUUCGCAGGCUUGACCAUCCAAAUAUCAUAAAACUGGAGGGCCUUAUUACUUCCAGAUUAUCAUGUAGCAUGUAUCUCGUGUUCGAGUACAUGGAACAUGAUAUUUCUGGACUGUUAUCUUGCCCUGACAUCAAGUUCAGCGAAGCACAGGUUAAAUGCUACCUGAAACAGUUGUUAUCUGGACUUGAGCAUUGUCAUUCUCGGAGCGUAAUGCAUCGGGACAUUAAAGGUGCAAAUCUUCUGGUAAAUAAUGAAGGUGUUUUGAAGGUAGCUGAUUUUGGGUUGGCAAAUUUCUGUAAUUCUGGGCACAGACAGCCUUUAACUAGUCGAGUUGUCACUUUAUGGUAUCGUCCUCCUGAGCUUCUGUUGGGUUCAACGGAUUAUGAAGCUUCUGUGGAUCUAUGGAGUGUUGGCUGUGUAUUUGCAGAACUUCUCCUUGGUAGACCUAUCCUUCAAGGGAGAACUGAGGUUGAACAGUUGCACAAAAUUUUCAAACUUUGUGGGUCUCCACCGGAUGAUUACUGGAAGAAGUCUAAACUUCCUCAUGCCACUCUAUUUAAGCCACAACAGCCUUAUGAAAGCUGUCUCUUGGAGACCUUCAAGGAUCUACCUAAAAAUGCUGUGAAUCUGAUAGAAACUUUUCUUUCUGUGGAACCAUACAAGCGUGGGACUGCAUCUUCUGCUCUUGUAUCGGAGUAUUUCACAAUGAAGCCUUAUGCAUGUGACCCGUCAAGCUUGCCAAAAUACCCACCAAGCAAAGAAAUUGAUGCAAAACAGCACGAGGAGGCAAGAAGGAAGAGACCUGGUGGGAGAACACGUGGGCCAGAAACAACAAGAAAGCUAACUAGAAAACAGAACGGACUCAGUAAAUUGGCACCAGAAGAGAAUUUACAACCCCAAAUUCAAGGUGCCCAUAAGAUUAGUCUGAAUAGAGCAAGUAAUCACAAAGAAGGAGAUAUCAUUUUGGGUGUAGAGCCACCCAAGCCAUCAAUGGAUGUGAUGCAAGAGGCUUCCCAUGUAAAGAAUGCAUCUCAAGGAGAUGUUCCCUAUUCGGGUCCAUUACAAGUCCCUGGAUCAAGUGGCUUUGCAUGGGCAAAAAGGCGAAUAGAUGAUUCUUCUAUAAGAUCACGAAGUAGGUCUAGUUCAAGAAGUCUUAUUUUUGAACCUUCAGCUGCAUUGCAGUCAAGGAAUAAUUUUGAGUCAAAAAGGCACGAAAAUGUUGAUGCUGUAAAUGGAAACCGCACCAAUUCUAGAGGCCAAGAGUCCUAUGAGACUGUCAAGCAUGCAAUGUUGAAACAUUGGAGCCAAUUAGAGCAACCAGAUUCGUUUGAUGCUUCAGAUGGAUACCACUCACAGGAACUAUCACUGGCACUUUAUCAAAAAGAGGAAAUGGCUGUUAAGAGGAUCGGAUUGGUUUAUCAGGAUCAAGGAGAGAAGGUUGAAUUUUCAGGUCCCUUGUUAUCUCAAUCACACAGAGUUGAUGAGCUCUUGGAGAGGCACGAGCGCCACAUCCGCCAAGCAGUUCGAAGAACAUGGUUCCAAAAAGUUAAGAAACAUGGGAAGUAACUACAAAGGUACUCAAUUUAAUUUGGUUUGGGAAGAAGAAUCUUUGACAGAGAGACAACACGAAAGAAACUCAACCUCGUAAAGGAAAACAUGGCCAUGAUGCUGUUGAACUCCAGAACAUCAUGCAAAGGAUCUAUCAGUUGGCCUGUACAUAUCAGCACAAGGCUCGAGACUAACAAGGCUGAAAAUAUAUGAAGCCAGGCUUCUAUUGCAUAGCCCAAACAGGUGAGGGAAGAGGAAACCACCGAGGGUCUGGGAGGAUGAUUCAUUCUUUCUUCUUGACAAGCAUGAAUAAAUAAGAUAUGCUGUGUUAUAAUUUUGUUUCUUCUUUUGUUUGAGAUAAAUAUCAUAGAUGCCCCUGCCUUGAUCUACUUCAAAUGUCUCAAUUUAGUAAAUCCUAGCAAAUUAGCCCCUUCAUUUCAAUUUUUUUUUUUGCUUUUUAAGUCGAAGAAUUGGACAGAAGAGGCUGUUUGUUACGAUUUACGUAGGUUCAUGACUAAAUUAAGACAAUUAAGAGUUGAGAGGCCAAAU